AUGGAUGCAGAGGCCGCGAAGGAGGUGAGGGAGAAGGUGUCAGCGCGAGCUAAGGCUGUGGUGGAGGCACGAAGAUGGAGUCUCACAGUGGCUCCGGGAGGUUGGUCGAACCUUGAUGCAGAGGCCGCGAAGGAGGUGAGGGAGAAGGUGUCAGCGCGAGCUAAGGCUGUGGUGGAGGCACGAAGAUGGAGUCUCACAGUGGCUCCGGGAGGGGCAGCGAAUGGUGCAUGGUUGUGGUCAGGGGCGUGGAGUUCAAGUGAAGGGUUGAGGAAGAUUGAAAAUGGAGCUCAAUGA